GCGACUCCAAUCGUUCCCUUGACGUGGAAGACAAGCGAGGUGGAUGUGGUGCGAGUUAUUUUUCAAACGAUGUAUUAGGGAGAAGAAAGCAAGGUUUUGUAAGGAAAAAGAAAACUGACAGCUACUCCUUGCAUCGCAGGGGGUUUGCUCUCCAAAUUAAAAUCACUUUCGCGUCACCGAUUGCAACAAAUCAACGCAGGCCACUUGCAUUGGGAUUUGCAAUCACUCCAUUCUUUUUCGUCUUGAAAUCAGUUAUCUUGGUAUCUAAAAUCUCUCAACUACAAGGGUCUUCAACACCUCGCAUCUAUCGAAGAAUUGACGCCGCAU